AUGCGAGUACUGAUAACGACUGUGGUGAUGCUUGCCGCUAGCCUGAUUGUCAUCGCAGAUCAACCAAUGCGAUGCUAUCAAUGUAAUUCGGCGAAAGAUACAAACUGUGAUUCCAGUGAUGCCAAGGAUUUAAAGCAAUAUAUCAAAUUAUGCACACCACUGAAAGGAGGUACCUAUGCCGGUAAUGAACCCAUCGCAUGCCGUAAAAUCGUCCAAAGUGUGGAGGAAUUACCAACGCAAAUAAUCAGAGAGUGCGCUUAUACGGGUGAUAAGCAGUUGGAUGGAAUGCGUAAACAAGGCAGUAAAGCUAUCAAAUUGUUGUACUACCAAUGCGAAAAUGCGGACGGAGAUACACCUUGUAACGGUACACAACAGAUAACCACACGAUAUCUCUCCUUGACCUUUCUCAUUGCAGUUAUAAUUGCUAUAGUCCACAGUAGAUAUCAGUAG